AUGCAGUCGCAACAAUACGACCACGGCUUGCCCAUCCAAGCAGGCUUGGGCCCGAUUGUCAACGUGAGGGCCAACGCGACUGCCCCACGUGCGGGCUUGGGCCGCGACACGACGACCGAUCGUGUGAAGGCUUUGGACGCGUCUGGGGGUCUUGCCACUCCCUCUAAUUCGCACUUCAAUCGUUCUUCUGACGAGGAGGACGAUGUGGACGAUACGAGAGGGCUGUUUAGCGACGAUUUCGACAUGGACGAGCUCGAGGAGGUGGAUAACGAGGAGGGUACGGGCGAGGAGACCACGAGCGUCGAGACGAGGGAGCUACAGCACGACGAGUUGGAUUUCGAGGAGUUCGAGCGUCGCCUUAACGAGGAACUCGGAGGCGAAGGCGAAACGAGGGAGUUGAAUUGCAACGAUUUUGACUGUGGGGAUCUGUUGGAUGCUGAAGGGGAGAACGACAAAGACAUCGGGCCCGAUUUUCCCCAACCCAGUCCCUCUGAUGAUGCUUUACCACCCGCACCCCCUUCUUCCCAGCUCGAUAUCAUGAUACCCCCAACAACAAACUUAGACUACUCAGGCCAACUAUUGGUCGAGCCACUCCAACUGGCCGCGACAGACGAUAUAGGCGGGCCUCGAGAAGACGACGAGGUCGAAUCAUUCGCUGGGCAUGGUCAGUCAAUGCCCAACUACGAAUAUGUCUCACCCGAACUCAUGGCGGGUUAUGCUCCUCCCACUGGUCCGCCAUUCAACGAGCAAUAUUCCCACUGGCCGCAGCCUGCGCCGGCAGCACCCGCGCAAUAUGCUUUCCCUUCUGGGGGACAUCAUCCGGCUGCGCCACCGCAUUACGACUCCAACUAUGCUUCUCAGCAAAGUUAUUAUGCUCCACCACCUCCUAUGCCUAUGCCGCGUUCCUACGACGCUUAUUACCGACCGCAACUCCCAAAUACUGCUAACGUAGCGGUUAACCCGCACCAGCAGUACCGAUAUCCCGCUCCGCAAUAUCUGCAGGCGCUUGCUGCCGGACCACAGUAUGCGCAAGCUGCCUCAAACUAUCCACCUCCGCCGCCUCAGCGUUACGGUUACAGCCACAACAAUGCGGUCUUUCCAAAUGCGGGUCCUCAAAAUUUUUACCCCAUGCCUCCCCCCUUGCACGCGGACGCGCACAGUGCCUACCAACCAGACCAGCAAUUAUAUCCCCAGCAACAGCAAGCUGCUUGGGCCGCAACGCCUCGAACUGCGCUCCAAGUUCCUUCGCGAAAUGCGAAUGCUAACACCAUCCCCGUCGCGGUCGCGGGCAGGGAGAACCAGUUUCGGUAUUCGCCGUACCCGUCGCAGCCGUCGACUGCUGCCGCCCAGAUGACCGCCGACCGGGCAUCGCAGCUCUGCCCACCAAAUACAAGGCCCGGCGGCCACCGUGCCACAGAACAACAACCCAGAGAAUCUGAAGUCGCGUUAGUCCACCUCCGGCCCCGGCCCGAGAGCCGGCGCCAGCGGCCGUCGAAUGCCAACGACAAAGUCAUCAGACUUCGCAGCUCGCAGCCGUACACAGGGGACGCGGAGUGUCGGGCGGUGUUCCGCACCAAGCACGAGAUGGUGAAGCAUUUCAAGUUAGUGAACUGCGGGGAGGAAGAGGGAGGUGGAGUGGGGGAAUGCGCGGGUAGAGCAGUGAGCCUGAGGGGGGAGGGGUGA